CUUUCCUCUCUUCUGAUAGCUAUAAUUAGGAAAAGGUACUUAUAAUCAACAAGGGUCUCUGCAACUCUCAAGUCACACAUCAAAUGAUUCUCAUUGGCUAUUGUCUUCCCCUUUCUCUCUCUAUCCAUCUACUUCUACGGAAUAUGGGUAAUGGAAACACCAAAAAAUAACGAGAACCCGAACCCGAACUCCCGAACACAUGUUCCGGUCUCGGGCUCAAAUAAGGUAUCCGGCCGGCGCUGAUGGUGGUGGUGGAUCGGUUUGGUAAAAAGAAGAAACGUGAAAGUGGUACAAGUAGAAAUGAUUACAAGUGAAGAUUGUGAAUCGAGAAUCAAUUCAGGGGUAUGUUGAAGACAAAGUGACAUGUUAAUUUCGGUUUACAAGGUACAAUAGGUAUGGUAUUUUCUUCAAUUUUCGGUGGUAGCCCAUAAGAAAUAGAUGAAAGGAGAGGCAAAUGACCUCACUCAAGGAUCACACUAUGAAGUUUAAGUUGGAUGUUUAUGUUGUGUCAAAAUUUAGAAACAAAUAAUACAAUAUAAUGAUGAAUGACAAUAAUAAGUAAAUAAUUAAGACAAAGAUUUACUACAUCCACCAUCUAACCUAAAAUUCAUAUUAAUGUGUUUAAAGUAUAAACUACAAACAGUCGUGGCGGAGGCCAACUGUGAGCCGCCGACCCAAUGGCUUGGGCGAGCAGCCUGUCGAGCAAGGGGUCAGUAGCCUCUGGUUCCCUUUAACCUUAUCCAUGCUAAGCCACAGUCUUCGAUGCUUCUUACACUCAAUGCUAGCACUGAUUACUUCCCUUUAAACUCUUCACAUAUCAAAGAUACUACCCAUAGUAUUAUGUACUUUGGAUUCCCAUCAAACCAAAUCACCAACAUGUGAUAUAUUGUCCUCUUCUUACCUUCACUAACUAAAAUGACUAAUUAACUUAAUCAUGUUUUAAUUAUUUGGUAACACAAGUCACCAAUAAUCCUAACAAUAUAAGUUUAGGUUUAAAUCUUUUUUUUUGUUUAGUUAACUAAUGUUUGUAGAAGUUAUUUUUAGAUUUCUUAACGUAAAAAGUUUUGGGAAGUUGGAUUUCUGAUUCAUAUUGUUUCGUUUAUAGAUUCUGAUUUCAUAGAUUAUAACAUAUAGUGGCACUUUUAGGGGAAAUUAGAAGCUCAUUUCCGAACAUUAAAUUUGAGUUAAGUUUAGAUUUUCAAAUGAAAUCAUGUUUUCCAGACAUAAUGCAAUUUUUUUAUAUAUCUUUUCCUUUAUUAGGUUUUUAGUUUCUCCAAAUGAAAUCUGAAGCAACAAUAGGAGCCGGAAUUGCAAGAAUAUUCUUUGCAAUUCUCGAAAAUAUGAGAAUUUUAUUGAUUUUUCUUUCCACCAUUCUAAAAUAUUAAAACUAUCUUGUUCAAUUUAAAAAUGAUAUUUAAUAUAAUUAUCUAAUUCUACAUAUGAAGAGGAAAAAUAAAUCCCUAUAAAACUAUCAUUUUGGCUUGUUAUGUUAGAUAUGGCGGGAUGAAACUUAGUGGGAUAUACUGAAACGCUAGCACUCCUAGACUUAUUGCGGCCAAGUUUAUAUACUUCCGAAUAGUAAUCAUAAAGCUCUACUAAAAGCAUUUUACACUUUUCAACAUAAUUAUGUACAUCACUCUGUGGACGAUUCAAUGAAUGGUAGUAAAAGCUUAUCAAUUUAGUAAGAUUUUCCAUUUUAAGACAGGUCUAAAAUUGCCGCAAUUUCAUAAAUAUAAGGAAACUUUAAAAUACGUCGUCUAUUCAUCCAUCAUUUCUACAAUGUUGGCCCUUUAAGGUUUUGAUAAUCACUAAACUUAAUAUAAACUGGUUUUAUUUUAGAGAUUGUUGCAAGUCAAUAUCCAGUCUGGAGUAGGAUCAUUGAUAGUACCUAAAAUUUUGUCUAACAACUUUGUAAGUGUCUAAGAUAUCCAAGAAGGUGAAGUUAGACAGAAAGAUCGCUGUAGGAUGUCAAAGUGUAGGCAGGAGGUCUACUGUUCCUAAGUUGAUAGUAUGACAGUUCUUGUUGAUUAGUAGAGACAAUGCAUUGUUCCUAGGAUUUAAGUCUGGAAGUUCAACGUCAACAUAAAAAUUCUAAAGAAAGUAGUUUCUAGUGUUUCUAGUUGAUUGUAUGAGUAAAAUUAAUUAGAUGCAUAAUUAUAUUAAAAGUUAAUUGGCAAAAGAACUUUAAUUAUAUUUAGUAACCGUCACACUACCUAAAGUGGUAGAGAAAAAUUCUCCUAUUUUUUCUUCACAGGCAUGAUUGGUUAGGUUUUUAUUUUGAAAAAUUCAAAUUGCCUUAUAUAGAACAAGGAAACCGUAGCUUUUAGUUUUGCAAAAACAUUUACCCAUUCCUCCUUUAUUUUAGGAUCUAGGAGUGAAGUGGGUAGUUAUUCUUUUUUUUUUUUUUUUGGAAAAAAGCUAUGUGACUAUUUCCUUUAUAAAAGGAUUUGUUUUUACCGGUUAUUAAUUUGUGUAUUAAGAAAAUUUCUUUGCUCCUUAUUGCCAAUUAACUUAGAAAUAUUUCUUGUGCAACUCAAUUAAUUUUUAUCCUUAGGUUUUUUCCUUUGUAAAAGGAGUUUUGAGAGAAUUCUUGGAAUUAGACUUGGAAAAGUCUAUGGGUGAAAGAGAGCUUCAUAGAGGAAGCUUGAGUUUCGUAGGGAAGUGUGAGAAAGAGAUCGAGUUUAGAGAGAAACUCAAGGUGGCCUAAUUGAUAUUGUUUUAUGUAAUCGUAAUUAAUUGUCUAAAACAUAUUGAAGUGUUUUGAAAUCCCGAGAGCUCGUGGUUUUUCCUUUUAUUUGUUUCCAUGUAAAAAUUUGUUUGUCUCUUUCAAAGUUUGAGUAACAAGUUCAAGUUCCAAAUCCACAAAACUGGACAAAAACACUUAAACUAAUCAAACAACUAUUCACUCUCCUCUUGUUGUCUCUAAACGAUUCUACAAUUGGUAUUAGAGCUCUGUUCUUCAUUUGAUUGGAAAACCCCGAGAGUGAAAUCCUGGUAUUUUAGAGGAGAUGAAUACGAAUGAACGAAUGUAAGGAGAGUUCUCCACCCAAAGGCCGCCAAUGUUCGAUGGUAAGUUUUACACAUACUGGAAGAAUAGAAUGAAAAUUUUCAUAAAAGUCGAAAAUUAUCAGGUAUGGAAAGUAAUCGAAAUUGGAGACUUUGAGGUAACUACUACAAACUCUAAUAUUAAAAUUAUUCCAAAACUUAUAACGGAAUAUGAAAUAGAAGAUUUUCAAAAAAUGGAAAUGAACGCUCUUGCCAUUAAACUUCUUCACUGUGGUCUUGGACCAAAUGAACAUAACCGUAUUAUGGGUUGCAAACCUGCCAAGCAGAUUUUGAAUCUGCUAGAAGUUACCUAUGAGGUUUCUACUAAAGUAAAAUGUUCUAAGAUAGACUUACUAAUGUUUAAAAAUGAACGGUUUGUUAUGUAACCUUGAGAAAGCAUCCAAGAGAUGCUUACUAGGUUCACCAAUAUUACUAAUGAACUUUUCCCUCUUAAAAGAAUUAUUCCUACUGAUGAACAUGUUAGGGAAAUACUACGUAGUCUCCCUCAAGAUGAACGCUGGAGAGGCAAAGUCACAACCUUUUAGGAAUCAAAAGAUUUCACUAAAUUCAAUCUAGAAGAGUUGGCUGUUUCCCUUAUGACUCACAAACUAUAUCUGGGAACAACGGACAGUUUCAGAAACAAAGAAUUGGCUCUGGCAGCAAAUGAAGACAAAGAUUCAGGAUGUGAUGAAGAAGAAGCUGCUAUGUUGGUGCGAAGGGAAAGGCAAAGAAACAGUAGAGAAAAGAAACCUUCAAACACCAUAUGUCCGACUAUGGAUGCCAUUGGUUUGGAAGUACUGACCACUUCAUCAAAGAUUGUCCAACAUGAAAAAUUAAAAAGGCAAGGGACAGACAAAGGAAAUAGGAAGACAACCUACAAAAGGAACUCUAGCAAAACUGAUUUUUGCAAAGCUAUGAUCGCUGCAUGGGGAGAAUCCAAAAGUGAAGAAGAGACAGAGAACCCCAAGAAAUUGCUAAUUUAUGUCUCACGACUUCACAUGACAGUAAGACUAUGAAGUCUAAAGGAAAGGAGAUAAUGUCUUCUAGUUCAUAUCCUAAAAACUUUUAAAGAAAUACAAUUGUUGUGUAUUAAGCUUAAGAUUUUUGACCCUAAUUUUGAAUAUGUUCCUAUUUAUUGUGAUAAUACCAGUGCCAAUGCAUAUCCAAAGAUCCAAUGCAUCAUUCUAGAGUUAAACACAUAUAUAUAAGACAUCAUUUUCUUAAGGACAAUGUAGAAAACAAAAAUAUAAUAGUCAAGCAUGUUAACACUAAUGAGCAAGUUGCAGAUAUCAAGACUAAGCCGCUUCCAAGGGAACAAUAUGAAAAGAUGAGAUUGGAACUCGGUAUGAUCAAGCUCCACUAAAGUUGAUAGCAAGAAUUCCCCAUGAAGCAUCAUGAAAUUGAAAAGGGUUAAAUCAACCUCAACAUCUUAAUUGUGAAUCAAUUAUUGAAGGGAUCAGGUAUACAGUUGAUAAAGUUCGUACUAUAAAUGUCUUCUUGAUUGCAUGUUUUGAAUUGAUCAGACCAAAGCAGCAUGUGUUCAUUAUUAUUUUUCCUUUUCAAGAUAAUAUAAUAAUAUCAUUUUUCAGGUUUUAUAUUUUUCAUAUUUUUCUAAUAUAUGGUCAACUCAAAUAAUUAAAUAAUGGAAAUUGGAUUUAUUUACUCAUUCUAUGAAUUUGUCCCCCAACUCUUCAUUAACCAUUUGAUUUCAAUUGAAAUGAUUAAUGCAUUAAAGAGUUGAACCUUUAGCUAACCGUCCCUUCACCCAUAUAUUAACCCCCUUCCUCACGUCAUACCUUUCACGCCCACUUAUUUCCCUCAGCAAACGUCACUCAUCAUCUUCCUUCUCUCAAUACACUUUUAAAACCAAAAUGAAGACACCAAAAACCUCAAACUCCAGCAAGAAAAAGAACAUGAAAACACCAAAAUCCUGCAAAAUCUCUCAACCGCAACCUCUUAAUGUGGUUCAUUCUUCACCAUUGAUUGAUGCUCCACCAUCCUCAUCUACUCAAACCAAAAAUGAAACCCCAACACCCUCCACAGUGCAUGCAGGGAAACGCCAAAUCAUCACACCAAAAGGUGGUUCGUCAUCCAGAACAGCCAAACGUUCAAAGCUUACUGAUCCCAACAGUGCUGAAGAGGUUUCAAAGGAAAUGUUUGUAGGGUCCGAUUUAGACAAGUACUGGUAUGAUACUACUCCUUUUCCACAACUUCAUGUCAUUUUACAAAAUCAAAAUUGGGAAGUAUUGAUGUCCGAUUUCAGUUGCAACCCAAUAUUCCCUAACCUAAUGUGUGAAUUUAUUUAAAUUUUUCUAUUGAAUGUGGGGUGUGUUCUAGCACUGUUAAGGAUAUAAAAAUAGAAUUUAAUAGUGUUAUGUUGGGGGAAUGGUUCAAUGUUCCUGCUGUUGGAUUUGACACUUAUCAUGUUGGCUCAAAGAUAGUGUUUUCUAGGAUUAAUGAAAGAACUGUUCUAAAAUUCUUAGAAAUUGAUCAAAAGAAAGGGAAAAUAAGCCACAACAUCCUGUGUCCUUUGCAUAAAUUGUUGUAUAAUAUUGCACGAAGAUUCAUUUUACCACGAAACUCCAAACGAAGUGAAGUUAGUAUACGUGAUGCCACUUUGAUUUAUUGCAUGGCCAAUCACAUAAAUAAACUUUCCUUCCUUGAUGAUUUCUCAUCUAUCGGACUGCAUUGAAAAGGGGAGUUUUGUUGGAUAUGGAGGGCUAAUGAGACGGAUUUUCAAAAAAUUUGAUGUACCUGUAGACGGUUUACAGUUUCCUAUGGGUCGUAAUACAAAAAUAGGUGCCAAAUGCUUACACAACCUAUACCUAAAAUUAAAUGAUGAAGGGAUACUGGUACAUGAAAUGGAGGAGGUUGUUGAUAUUGAUUUGGAGGAAGAGAAGGAUGAGGAAUUAAAAGAAAAAUUAGUUAAGGAGGAAAAGGAGCAGCAGUCUGUUCCCACUGCAACCACUAAAACAGCAGAAACUAGGGAACAGGGAGAAGUAGCUAGUAAGGGGGAAUCAGAAGAAAAAGAAGAAGCUUUGGAGGAUGAGGAUCAUCACAUUCUUGGUAGUGAUUCAAAUGAUGAGGAGAUUGUGAUAGCUAUGAGGAAGAAGGCUGAUUUAAUACAGAGGAAAAGUAGAAGGUUAGCUUCUAAACGUAAAGCUGUUAUGGUUGAUGACAUCACAUCUCACGCCAUCCCUAAGCCUUCAACAAAUGCACCUCUCUCUCCCAAGCCAGCCACAUCACCAUCACAUCAAAUUCCAUCACCACCACCAUCACCUAUACAGUUUACACCACCACCUUUUCAAUCACAAAAUUCACCAGGUACUGGCUGUGCUAACUUUGGUUCUGUUCCUGCAGCUUCUUUAGACUCCAUACUAUCUAAGCUCUAAGAUCUCCAGUCUCAAUUUCUUGCUUUUCAAGAUGAAACUCGUGUCUCACUUGCCUCAAUUGCUGAUCAGCUCAUCCAGAUGGAGAACCGUCUUGGUGCCAAGCUGGACACAGUUGAAGUGCAGAUUGAGUUCAUAAAUGAAGAUGAGACUGCUCCUUGAUUCCUCUUCCCACAUUAUUUAAUGAUCAUUUGUUGGCCUUACUAUCUAUCAGUCAAAAUUUAUCAAACAAAUUUUUGUGUACCAUCUGGGGUACAAGGUUGUAUCUCUUUUGUUGAAACAGCUUUCUUUGUUUUAUAUUGGUCUGUGAUGUUAACAAUAUGCAUAUUUGGAUUGCUUUUUAUGGUGCUUGCUUUCAUUUACUAUUUCUGAUUUUCUUCAAUGGCAAAAUCUUUAUAUUUGCGCUGUGGUUUGAUUAUCCCAAUUCUUUUCAAUUGAUGACAAAAGGGGGAAGGUAUUGCACAAACUUAAGAGAAGUUGUGAAUGCACAGUCUCCAUAUCUUUCUAAUUGAUUUAUAUUGCUCCAAUAAUGGAAGUUAAUGUGCCUUAGCUAUAUAACUCUAAUUAUGAUGAUUGUUAUUCUGAUCAUGUGCUAAUCAUGUUUAUGCUAUGCUAGGUUUAAACUCUGUGUUGUUCCUGAUUGAGCUUAUGAAUACCUUGAUUAUUUGUUCUGGUUACAUUUUAAAUACUUAAGGAUUUGUGUUAACUUAAGUAUUUUUUUUGUUGUUUUUUAUAUAUAUUUGAUAUUAUGUUUUUAUAUACUAUAUGGAGUAAACUGUUUUACUAUGAGUGCUUGGUAAAUUUUAGUGUAACGAGUGCAUUUACUAAGUUAUUUAGAGUUGUUUUAAUCUCUAGUUAGCUCUAAGAAUUUUGUUUUACUCUAUUUUAUUUAAGUUUGUUUAUAAGUUUGUCUUCAUCAAAAAGGGGGAAUUUGUUGGCCUCUUAGGUUUUGAUGAUGACUUCACUUUUAAAUAAACAAACAUGUUUUAGAGAUUGUUUUGUAGGUAAAUAUCCGAUUUUGUUAAAAUCGUUGAUGAAGCCUAUGACUUGGUUCGUGAAAUUUAUACGUGUCGUAAAUAUUCAAGAAGUUAGAUAAUUUCUUAGGAAGUCAAAAGUAGACAGGGAGUCUACUGUUCCCAAAGUUGACAAUUUGACGGAAUUUGUAGAUGGAGACAGUACACUGUUCCCUCGAUGCAGGUCUGGAGAAGACAUCGACUUGAAAUUACGAAUAUUUUGUUUUCUGUUUUCAGUUGAUGUAAAGGUUAAAAGUUUAAUUAGUUGCUUAACUUAAUUAAUUUAUUAAUUGGCAAAAGCUAUUUUUGGACUCCUAAAAUCAUGCUAAAGACUUAUUCUUUGUUGAGAAAAAGGUCUCCUUUUGUUUAGGAUCUUUAUUUAGACUCCUAUACUAUUUUUAGCUUAAAGGAACCGUCUCCUAUUUUUAGCAGCUAGUAACCGGUUCUAUUUCUGGUACUCUACUAUCUUUUCCUUUGUUUUAGGAACAAGUAAGUUAGUGGAAGUUAUUUUGCCAAAGAAAAUUGCGAUUGUUCCCACUAUAAAUAGGAGGAACUACGCCUAAACUGGUAUGUAUCCAAGAGUGUCCAAUAAGGGAGAUCAAUUAAGAAAAAUAUUUUAAGCUAUUUAAUGCCAAUUAAUUUAUUAUAUUUUUCUUAAGCAACUAUUUAAUUUUUAUCCUCUUGAGAAUUUGGACUUGUAAGGGUAUUUGAGUAUUUUGUUGUAACUAGACUUAAGGAAAGUCUAGGGGAGUAGAGAAGCUUCAAGUGAAGCGUGAGAAAUAGAAGAGAAAGAGAAGGAGAAAAAGAAGAGAAAGAGAAAAAGAAGAGAAAGAAAAGUAGGCCUAAAGUAAAUAAGCUUUUCGAGUGAAGCAAAUUGUUUUAUGUAAUUGUAAUUGAUUGCCUAAAACAUAGUAAGAAUUUUGAAAUACCGGAGGUCGUGGUUUUUCCUUCUUAUUAGGCCAAGAAGGUUUCCACGUAAAAUCUUUGUCUCCUUUUAUCUUUUUCACUUUAAGUUUAAGUUUUAUUUUUUUGUUAUAA